AUGUUCCUCGGCCAGCUGACCGCUCUCCUGAGCCUGCUCUGUGGGGCCCAGCUGCACGCAGGCUCUGGGACACUGGGACUCCUGGGUCCCCCAUCUCAGCUCUGGGCUGCCACCAAUCAGACCCAGGCUCUGGGUCGAGGGCUCCCAGGCUCCCAGGUACAAUCCUCUGCCCUCAGCAGCUGGAAGGCCUUCUUGGGACUGCAGAAAACCAGGUGGCUGGGGAGAGGUCGCCUGCACCGAGGGCAGGAGGUGGCACCCACCGUGUCUCUGCCGCUGGACCUGCAGGAAGUGGUCCAGGAGAUGUGCAGGGCUGUGCCCUUCACUCAGGUGCUAUCUCAGCCCGGCUGCACGGCAGUUCACCUCCGCAAUCACCUCUGCUUUGGCCACUGCUCCUCCCUCUACAUCCCCAGCUUGGACCCUGCCCCACUCGUCCUCUGCAACAGCUGUGUGCCCACUCGCCAGCGCUGGACACCUGUGGUCCUGUGGUGUCGGGCGAGCAGCCCAGCCUCCCGUCGAAGGAUGAAGAUGUCUACUGUGCUGGUUGAAGGGUGUCAGUGCAGCCCGAAGGCAUGAUCUGAGCUUGAUGGAUGGACACAUCUUGGAGAGAUGUGGAGCGGGGGGACAUGUGCCCAGAAAGACACCAGCCUGGAUCACGAGCACUGGGUCAAGAGACCAGGGACACAGGGACAGCCAGACAGGGCUCCAGAGUCCUUGCCCUGCUCCCGGGGACAGCACACGCAUGCCUAGCUGUGAGGGUGGACCACUCAUAAUCAUAGCACACACUUAUGGAGCGCUCAGUUUGCCAGGCCCUGUACUAAGCAUCUGACACGCACUAUCUCAUGUCACCCUCAGAGUGGCUCAGUGAGAUAGAUGUUAGUAUCAUCCCAUUUCGCAGAGAAGGAAACUGAGGCUCUAAGAGGCAAAGUCACUCGCUCAGGUCACACAGCGAUCUGGCACUUGAAUCUUAGGCAAUGUGGCAACUGAUUUUAACCACCAGGCUGGACCCCCUCUCAUAGAAUGAAAGACACACUCCUAGAUGCAGGGAGGACAGAUCGUCACACACAGACCAGGAGACACAGUGAUGAUCUCCGUCCUAGGGACCCCAAGGAACCAAGGCAGGGAGGCCCACAUAGCUGCUGGGGAAAACGUGGGCUCCCCAAAUCAGGGGCAGGACCCGUGUGAUCUCAGCGGCCCCUCCUGCCUUGCACCCUUAAGUCUCCACACAGUGUGGCAUUAAACAGGAACCAUAAAGGUUGGCCAA